GGAAUGGAAAAUAUUUAUUUGGGUAAGAAUAUUAUAAUCAAAAGAAACAUCAGAAUUCUAAACUGAAGCAUUUGAUAUUUUUUGAAUGAAAAAUUAAAAUUCAAUUUUAAAAGAAAAUUAUAAGAUGUCAAUCAGUAACAUCAGUUAACAAUAGUAGUUGAGAAAAAAGUAAUUUGAAGCCUAUUUAAUUUAGCAAGAAAAUAAAUUAAAGACUUGAAAAGAUAGGAGAUGAGAGUUUAAAUUUCAAACCAAAGUCCCCAUAUAACUAUAAUUACAAGUUUAAAAAGGUUCGACAACUUUAUACAAGUAAUAUAUUUACAAUCAAAAGAUACCCUAACUCCAUUAAAUGAGAGGAAUAUUUAGAAUGGAGCAUAAAAUCAAUAAUUAAUUAACAAGAUUUUUGUUUCAUUUCAAGAUAUCAAUUAUGCAUUAAUUUAAUUGAUAUGAUAAUAGCAAUAUAAAGAAGUAGAAUCUUAAUCUAUUUCAAUUAAUUAAACUAAUUAGAAUAAAUAACCUUCACUCUAUUAGAUCAAUCAUUUCUUGAUAAAAAUUUCAAUAUUUCAAGGCAUUUCCAAAAAAAAUAAAUCAAAUAACAAACUAAAUUUUAAGAAGAAAAAUUAAAUUUAUUAGAAAAUGAUUUUUAGUUAUUACUAAAUAGAAUUAAUAAGAAUCAAUAUAAUUAGAAGAUGGAUUUUUCUUGUUGAAAAACUUAGAAAAUACUACAUUUAGUGUUUGAGGAUCGUGAUCCAUUUUAUUGGAUAGUCUUAAAAAUGUUAAAGUGAAAUUUCGAAUUAUGAAAGGUAGUGA